AUGGCAAUGGGAACAGGAAAGAAGAUGAAGAAUUUUGUCCCGCUCGAAGCCAACCCGGAAGUGAUGACGAGCAUGAUGAGCAAAUUGGGCCUCUCGCCUUCACUUGCCUUCCACGACGUCUUCAGCAUCGACGACCCCGAUCUUCUGGCCUUCAUCCCACGCCCUGCAUAUGCGCUGCWGCUAGUUUUCCCAAUCUCAAACACAUACGAGAAGUUUCGCCGGGAGGAGGAUGCUUCCAAGGAAGACUAUACGGGUAGUGGCGACGGCGAGGACGUCAUUUGGUACAAGCAGACUAUCGGAAAUGCAUGCGGGCUGAUAGGUCUACUACAUGGUGUCUCCAACGGACCUGCCAGCUCUCAGAUCCAGUCUGGCAGCGAUCUCGACAAGUUGGUCAAGGCUGCGGUACCGCUGAAGCCUGCUGAACGCUCCGAGUUGAUUGAACAGACCGAGGCUCUAGAGACUGCUCAUCAAGCAGCUGCGGCGACGGGUGACAGUGCACCACCUGCUGCUGGGGACGAUGUGGACUUGCAUUAUGUGUGUUUUGUGAAGAGCGAGAAGAACGGGCAUCUCUGGGAGAUGGAUGGACGUCGGAAGGGACCACUCGAUAGGGGAGCUCUGGCGGCGGAUGAGGACGUUCUCAGCCAGACUGCUCUGGACAAGGGCGUACGGGCCUUCUUGAAGCGCGAGGCAGAGGCUGGCGGUGGAGAAUUGCGGUUCAGUCUGAUCACACUUGCUGAGUCUCUGGACUAA